AUGAAAGACUCACCCUCGCUCUCUACGCCCAGCAAGCUGGGGAAGGCGAAUGCCAUAGGACAAUUGGACAAUGUAGGCGGAGGAUAUACCUCAGAUUCAGCUGGGAGUUCGAAUGAUAGUUUAUUCUUCAGUGAAACGUCGAGAUCGACCAAACGCCAGCGCCAGAUGGCGACGCGGAAGAACUCAAACACGUCCCAGACACCAGAGAGAGGAGGCAAGAAGAGAGUUGCGUCUGCUUCAGCAGCGAGGCAGGAAGUGAUACCAGAGAAGAGGCAAAAAACAGUCGAGCCUGCUGAGCCUGUAGAGCGUGUGGGCGAAACCGCGGCUUUGCCCGUCAGAUCAUUGUUUGUAUUUGCUUUCUUUAAUAGUCCUUUGUUUACAUAUUUUUAUCUUUCCUAG